CAUAUCGACAGUAUUAAAUGCAGGGCCCCCGACACGCGCGUUGAACAAGUCCGCAUGACCAGGCUUUCACGGUGCUUGUGCUCUUUACUCUCUCCUCUGCAACAUACACUUCUUGAAGCUAUUUGUUGCACAACAAACAUGCUGGGUCGUUCCAGCCUUGCGCAGCUGCGCCACGGUGCAAAUUCCGCACUGCGCCUGGCGCCGCCCGUUCCGCUUGCUGUCGGAAGAGCGUCGCUAGCGAAUUUUAGUCAUCGGCAGCUAUGCUUUGCGUCAGCGUCGGGCUCCUCAGCCCACGCAAUCGGCGACGCGGAACCGGCGGCGCUGGCCCCUGCUGCGGGCGCUCCCGCGACCUCGGCUGCUUCAACGGCCGUCAGCGCCAACGAGGGGGCCUCCAGGCUGGAGCUGUGGCACGCACUGCUGCGGCUGCUGCACGAGCAAGGGGACUUCGAGGACCCCGACACGCCCGUCGAGGACAUGCUGGACGAGCACGACGACGUGAAGGCGGCGCUGCUCAGCUUCGCGCGCCGCCGACCCGACAUCCUGUUCAGCCUGCCCGAGGACAAGCUGUGCGACCUUGCGGCUGCGGAGCUGCUGCCGCGCGACAAGCCCGACCGCAAGCUGCGCAACGCGCACCGCCGCCUGGGCGAGACCUACGCCCGGGCGCGCAUCCGGCUGGGGGCGGGGGCGCUGCGCGAGCACGCCAGCUUCCAGGACGCAAUGCGCGUGCUGUGGGAGUGGGCGGAGGCGGCGCCGGGCCGUGUGGCGCCGGGGCUGGAUGUGCUGGUUCGGGACCUAUUGGUGCGCGUGACGGCGGCGGCCACUUCGGAGCCGGUGGCGGAGGCGGUGGCGCGUGUGGCGGAGCUGGAGAGUGAGAUGGGCACGCCGUCGGCGGCGGUCCUGGCGGAGCGCGCGGCGGCGGAGUUGAGUCCGGAGGAGCGGCGCAAGGUCAAGGAGGCGGAGGCCGCGGCGCGCAAGCACCAGCAGCGGCUGCGGCGCGCCACCGCCAACGGCGGUGUGGUGGAGGCGGGCGACUGGUUCUGCGGCGAAUGCGGCGCCGCAAACUUUAGCGACCGCCGCCGAUGCUUCAGGUGUGACUACGACAGCGAGGCCCGCAGCAACACGGUGGUCAGCGACGACGACAUUCUGGCGCUGUACGGCACAAGGCCGCCGCGCCGCCGCAAGCCCCGCGGCGUGGUGGAGGCAAUCGCCACCGCCGAUGCCGACUCCAUGUACGGCGCGGCGGCGGCGGCGGCCUCGGCGGCGGCGGACUUGGCGGCGGUGGAGGCGGAGGCGGGGGCAGGGGCGGGGGCUGCGCCCAGCAGGAGCUUCAAGCCAGCUCGGGAUGCGGAGCGGCCACGGCGUGGCCCGGUGCAGCUGGAAGAGGAGGUCGCCGGGGAUGCGGACGCCCCUCGCGCCGUUCGCCGCGGUGCCCAGAAGCCCUGGGAGCGCCGGCAGCAGGAGGGGGAGGGCGACCGGCCGCUGCGGCCUCAGGGCCGGCCGGGGCUGCGGUGGCGGGCCGACGCGGAGGAGGAGAGCGACGGCGGUGGCGAGGCGGAGGGCCGGCGUGGGCGGUCGCGGAGGCCGCAGGUUGGCAUGGAGGAAGAGGCUGACGGCGACGAGGCGGGGCCGGCCACGACCGAUGCACGCCAGACCCAGGCUUACCGCCGCAACAUGCGCGACUUCUACAACGGCGAUGACAGCGCCGGCGGCCGGCAGCAGCAGCAGCAGCAGCAGGGUUUCCGUGGCCGUGACCGCGACCGGGGAGCAGACGUGGAUGUGGACGGAGGCGAGGGGCGCUUCGCGCGGCGCGGCGGCGACGGCGACGGCGGCGACCGCGGCCGCAGCCGGCGCAGGGGCUGGCUGCAUGAGGUUGAGGAGGAGGGAGCGGACGGCCGUCAGGGCCGCGGCGGGCAAGGCCGUGACUUCCGCGACCUACGGAGCCGCGGCGCGCGUUCAGAGGAGGCUGCGGGGGAGGGCGGCGACUUGAGUUGGGAGGACUGGGAGUCGGCCAAGCCAACGGCGAAGGCAGCGGCGGGGCCACGAGACCGGCGUGGCCAGGGCCAGGAGGACGAGCCGACAACGGCGCAGCGGAGCGCGGGCGGGGAUGGGGAGGAGGAUGAGGACGUGCGGAUGGUGGGGCGGCCGCGGGGCGGUGGCAGGGGUGGCGGCAGAGGCGGCGGUCGGGGCAGGGGCGACGGGGGCCGUCAGGCAACGGGGGGCCGUGGUCGGGGAUCGCGCUGGUCAGAGCCGCCGCCGAUCGGUGGCAAGCGGUUCUAGGCUAGUAACGGGUGUGUGUGUGUGCAAGAGGAGGCAGCAGUGUUGUAGAACCGGGUGUUUCUGUUCAGUCGCGUGCAACACAUCGACUUGGUGCACCUCGCGGGAUUGUGCAUAGACCAUUAUGAGUAUGUAACGUUUUACAACCGGCGGCGCUUGGUGACCACCCCAAGCCCAGGAUGCUCGAGGUAUGUAAAGAAGGUCAGGU